AUCCGCCAUUGGUGCUGCCAAGGAAGAUCCGAAACGAAUCUUUCUGGGCCUUUAGAGUCUAAUAAUAAUGUGCAUGUUGUAAACUUGUCAUAUUCCUGUGUCUUGGAUUAUAAGAGAGGAAGCUCUACAGACUUUUAACGGCCACUAUGGAGCUUUGAGUACAAGUGGUGUAGACUAAUAAGAUCUAGGUCUACUUCUGUAUCAGCUGUUGUUUUUUUUUUCUCAAGACACUCAAGUUCUGAAGUAGACUAAGUCGUCUAAGUCACUAACUUAACUAGACUAAGUUACAGUCAAGUGCUUGACCUAGAAUAGUCUAAGUCUGAUUCAGUGAAUAGAAUGGUUAUUUUGUGAGCAAUGUUUGUUGUGGUGUAAAUAAGGACAAGCAAAAGAUGGGAACAAGGCACAUACCAAGUGACAAGAUUAACUUGAAACUCAUUCUUGUCAGUGGCAAAACCCAUGAGUUUCUCUUUUCACCAUCUGACUCAGCAGCAGAUAUAGCUGAACACGUCUACACACACUGGCCAGAAGAUUGGGCUGAUGAACAAAUGCCAGCGACUAAUAUAUUGCGGCUUAUCUAUCAAGGCCGAUUUCUCCAUGGGAAUGUCACAUUAACAGCUUUACAGCUACCAACUGGAAAAACAAGUGUGAUGCACUUAGUGGCCAGAGAGAAUCUCCCAGAACCAAAUAAUCAAGGUCAGUUGAAAAAAGACAAGAGUGGUGAGUCUGGUUGCAGCAACUGUUGUACAGUACUCUAGUGGAUUGGAAUCAGAGGAGAUACAGGGCAAAGCACCAAUGAUGAACUCAUCUGUCACAUAAGUCAAAGUUUGGUUUUCUUCAUUGCCUGACUCAUUGUACUUUUAGUUGUUUUUUUUUCUAUUGGUUUCAAUUGCAUACCGUAUGAAAGAGACAGAAGCUGCCAUGUAUUUACCUUUUCAAAGUUAAAACAAACAAAACAACAUUAAAGUGAUUGCUGGACGAUGCACAAACUUUGUGACGUAUAUGAGUUAUGUAGACUCGAAGCGAGGCCUGGUGUAUAUAUUUGAUCUGCUGGCCUAAUACCUCAUCAAGUCAUGCUCAGCCAGACAGGAUGAGAACUAAACUGUUUCUCCACCAGUAUUUAACUAUUUAAACAUUUUUUUUUCUGUCACCAAUUGAAGAGAUUAGUGUUUUAAAUUUUUUAAUAUUUUUUUUUUUGUAAAAUGAAAUAAAUUAUUGUAAGAAACGUUAAUCAGGGAUGGUCAGUACUUGAUCAACAAAUUUUAAACGGAAAGGAAGAUUGAGCAAAGAUUCAUUUGUCAUUUCUAAUUCAUACAGCUAUUUCCUCUAAUAGAUUUGUAAAGGGCAUCUUUGGGAAAUGCUGUUUUGAAAAAAAAAAAUCUUCCUGGCCCUGCAUGAAGUGAAAAAUUACCAAAUGUUUUAGUUUAACCUCCAACCUAACCUGCAUGUGUUGAAUAACUCAACAACAACAUAUUUGAACAUUUCUCUUCAUGAAUAGUUGUAAAAGUUAUUGUUCAUACCUUAGUUUCUUUUCCUAAGACUAUUUUGUAAACAAUGUAUCAAUAUUCUAUUUAUUAAUGAUUGGAUAACUUCUAUUUCUCAAAAGGUUAUGGAAUGGUUCAAGCAGCAGUGCUGUCUUAAAAGCAUUCCAGUUGUUUUUUUGUUUUUUUUUGUAUUCUGUAAUGUGUGACUGGUGAGUUGUUUUCACUGUAUUUGCCAUUGUUUUAGUUUAUUUUUAUUUUUCUGACUUCUUUUAUCUAAGCACUAAUUAUAUCAUCAAUAAGUGUUUUUCAUUUAUUUCUUCUUUUCCCUCUUACUUCGGUAGAAAAAAAGUUUUAUUUAACAAAAGGUACUCAGUGCUCAACCAGCCCUCUCCCCCUACCGCGCCCCCCCCCCCCCCCCCAGCCUACUUGUUUAUCUCACAUGCAUUGACAGAGUAGUGGUGAGCUCAUUAUUUAUAUGUAUCAUACUAAAUGAAUCAUCUUUGUAUCUGUUCACUGAUAUUUCAUGUGUUAAUUCUGUCACCAAUUUAUUAUGUUUUUUUUUUUUGUAUGAUUCCUGUAAUUAUUAUAAUUUCUUUAUUUGAUGAAUAAACAAAAAAAUAUUUAUAUAUAAUCCAUUCAAGCAUUUAUUUGUUUGGGAUAUAACUCAUAUCACACUUGUCAUAGCAAAGUAAAAAAUAAAACAAUGAACAAUUUUUGUUUAAGUCACACACACCAUAUGUCAAGAAAUUGGAACUUCGGAGUUUAUCAAGGUUUUGGUGAAAUUUUGUAUCAAGACUAUAUUUUUUUCUGUAAAUACGACCACUAGAAAUGGGAAAUAACAUUUUUGGUUUAUUAUUUGUACAUCAUGUUUUGUGUACAGUAGUCUCCCCUUGUCUAAGCCAUGAACGUUUUCAUCAAACUGGGAACAAUUGUGUGUGGUUGUACAACUUUUGAGCUAUUAUUCACACAAUCAUUGUGUUUAAUGUCAACUUGUAGUGAUGUUAAGUUAUUGCUAUUUAUUUGUGUCCCCCAUCCCUUCCAAAUCCCCAACCGCUAUCCUCCAUUUUUCCUGAAUCAAGUUGUGGAAUGCAUACUGAGAAGAAGCAUAAAGGGCUUUAAAAAGAAUCAUGUUGUUUACUUACAUUGAAUUGGUUUCUAAUUUUUUCUUUAGUUAAUGUAAUAGAUUUGUGCAUGGCACUAUAGCACGCUAUGGUUUUAUAUAUUGUUACUUUAGACAUGUUGACAAAUGUAUAUGUUAUUCAAUUGAUUUCUGAAUAAUCCUUUUGGCUUCAUUUAUUAUAUUUUGUUCUAACUCAAAAGAAGAAAAACAUUUUUUUCUAUGUUGCUGAAAAAAAAUUUAUUUAACUCUUUGUUCAUAAGGAUUCAGUAAAAAUGUGUCUGCCUGAUAAAAGCCUCUAUUUUUGUUUGGUUUUAAAUAAAAGAUAUAUAUGGUAGAAUCUUUUUCUACGAUUCCUUAUAAUGUUUCUAAUCUUUGGGGAAGCAGUAUUUGUUUCCCUUUGUUGACUUCAGCUCAGAGUCAAGGGUCAUAUAUGGUUUUAUGCCAUGUUUUUGGGGUAAUAGAAUGUUCCUUUGUGAUGACAGUUCACUUCUAGUUUCACUAAAUUGUAUAAUUAUUCUGAUAAUUUUUGGUAAAUUGUAGAGUAAAAUGUCUAAAUUUUUCUGUUCAAUAUUGUCAGAUACUACUGAGUUAUGUUUUGAUAUCAGUCAUUUGGUGUAUUCAUUCAUCAGCCUCACUUCUAGAUGUACACUUUCCAUAGUCAACAUGUAUGUGCAUAUUAAGUUCAAGUUCAACACAGAGUAGCAGCUCAUGAGAUGUGUUUCUGUUGAGGGUUUUUUUAUUUGCUAAAACACAGUUAACACCCUUGUGUCAAGUUGUUGUGUUCUAUUUAUAAAGGAGUUUUUAUUUGGAAUGAUUGAUUUUUUUUUUUUUUAAAUUUCACAUUUUUCUGGUUGUGUGCUAGCAAUGCCUACAUGUUAGUUUGUAGAGUUUUUAUUGUUAAAGUAAAUUCUGUUAUCUGGUUUAUAAAGAUAAUUUAUCUUUUGAGGACAAUUCUGCGAUAAAUGUAUUCAAUGUUCAUGAUAAAGACUUAUAGACUCAAUAUGAUUUAUUGUGGAACUAAAUAAAAGUACCCUGCUUUAACCACCUUCUACAUUAUUUCAAUAAUAAAUAAAUUUUUUUUAGCAGAAAUAAUUUUUCUAAUAGCUUCACAUUUAUUUUUUCCGUCUAAUUUAAAAAAAAAGGGGGCUGUUUUUUCAACCCUAUCAAUAUUUUCUCUUUAAUGCUAAAAACUAAAUAAACAUUGUGGUAUAAGCUGGAUGCAAUUAUUUGGUAAUGUUUUAUCAUGUUCAAAUUACUCUGUAAUGAUGUAUGAAUGAAUAGGAUUAUGUUGUCCUGUGAGUCUAUCCUGAGAUCUCCUUGUCUAGUCAAUGUGUUGAUGGAACAUCUUCCUAUGGAGUUGGGAAUGAGGAAUUCAAUGUUGGCAUAAUUCUCAUUCAUCUUUGCAGCAUGGAUUCCUUCCCCAUGGAUGUUUUUUUUUUUUGUUUGUUUGUUUAAAAAGAAGUCUUAUUAACCGGAUGUAAUUUUAUAACUAAAACAUUUUCCAUAACAACUGCCUAGUGAUAUAUUAAAGGAAUUUCUUUUUUAUUAGUACAGACCUAGACAUUGAUUUGAUAGAACAGAUUGUAGCAAUAACUUGAUACAGCUACAGUACCCUAGAGUUUGAGAUUUCAAACAAAUUAUUCUCUCAGUAUGUCCCGCAGACAUUAUUGUUCCAUCAAUUAGUCUGGGUCUUCCCCCCCCCCCCCCCCCACCCCUUUUUUUUUUCAAGUCUAAUUGCAGUAUUUAGUUUUGGACUUUUUUUCUGUAACAGAUAGUAUUGCACAUCCGUACCAUGUGAAGACAUUUUGUUUGUAUUGUAGUUGUACAUUAGUCCCUGCACUGGCCUAUAGAAUUCACUUGGAUUCAACAUUUAGGUUUUCUUUCUGUCUAUUUUGUCAGUUAAAUUUGGCCAAUAAUAAAUCUUUAGAUCUUUUGCUUAUGAAUUCAAAGACCAAAUCUUGUUGUGUUUAUCUGUAUGGUAAUUGUGCACCAUACAUUUAAAUAGUUUUAGUUAGACUUUGUAUAUUUGAUUCUGGUCAAAUCUGUGUUAUUAAUUAGUUAUCAUAAUGAAAUACUUAAAAAAAAAUUGCAAUGCAAAACUAUGUCAUGUGUCACUGGUGGCCAGGUGUACACAAAUCAUGUGAUUUCUUUUAUUGAUUUGUUCCAACUCACCAGUACAUCAAUUUGUGUGUGUUCCAGGAACUCCUGUUUAUGUUGUAGCUAAGUUCAUUUUUUAGCUUCUUAUUUUUUGUAUGGUCACUUCUGCAAGGGCUGCCAAUCACUGAAUGUGCUUUUGAGAAUGCACAAGUUCUAAUGAGGUUGAACAUUGUAUGUAAAGCCUUUGAGUUACUUUCUUUGGGGACAAUGUUUAGGUGCCUGAAGUCUUUGUGUACAAAAAAACAACAGCACUUCUAAUACUUUGAACAGUUUAAUACAAAUGUUAACAAACAAGUCACCAAAAAGUUGGUUACUUGUGUUGAACUAGGACUAUUCUCUUUUUCUUUAGUGACAAAUGCUGGAGUACUCUGCAAAUUUAUACCUAUUCAAAAUUACUUUUUUUUGUGUAGCUUAUCUACUUAUUUAAAAAAAAAAAUUCUUUUGUAGUCCACCCUGCCCCUUUCUGUUUUCCAAUCCAACAGUAUAGGAGGUAUCUGUCCUUUACAAGCCUGAGAAUGUAACAGAACAGCUAUUGACAGCCCUUGUCAGCAGCAUUACUGUAGGCUUGUUUUCCUCUGUGUACUUACACCAUUGUUGUACUUAAAGAGCAGGAGUACAGCUAACUAGUGAUACAUUGAAUUGGAGUUCAGUACAGUGGUCAUUGCCAUAUGUUGUUAUUUGUUACUGUCUUCAGUUGCGUUUUUUUUUUUUUAAAUCUGUCUUUUACUAUUCUACUGUUUAAUGACAUGUCAGCAUUUUUGCAAUUAAACUGCAAAAAUUCAUUUA